CGUCAUGGCCUUGUCCAGCAUCGGUGCUGCGUUGGUGCCAGCCAUCUUCGCGCAUCCAAUCUCGACCAUAUUCCUUCUCCCGCUGACUCUGCUCGUCCUGCGCUCUCUAUACCGCAUCUCUGCUCUCCACCCGCUCUCCCAUGUCCCCGGUCCUCUCCUCCCUCGCAUCUCCUCUCUCUGGCUGACCUACCACGCCUGGAUCGGCGACGAAGCCACAGUCGUCGAGGCGCUCCACCAGAAAUACGGCCCCGUCGUGCGCAAUGGCCCGAACAGCGUCGACAUCUCUGACGGCGCCGCGCUGGCCACGAUCUACACCGAGCGAGGGGGCUUCGUCAAGCCGGCCUUCUACGAGAACUUUGCCCUGCCCGACGCGACGCAGAUGCACAACUCGAUCUUCUCGGAAGUCGACCCUUCGAUCCGCGCCCCGCGCGCAAAGGCCGUCGCCGUGCUGUUCUCGACCGCGAACCUGAGGCAGAGCCAGGAUGUCAUAUACAAGUGCGUGGAUCGGUUCGUGGAGCGCUUGGCCGAGGGCAAGAAGCAGAGCGAGCAGGGCGCCGGCCCGCUGAAUGUCCUGAACCUGACGCGGGGGCUGGCCGUCGACGCCGUGACGUCGUAUCUCUUCGGCACCACCUACGGCGGACUCACCGAGAAGUCACCCCAGCAGCAGCAGCAGCAGCAUGAGAAAACGGCCGUGCAACGCGAGUUGGCCGAGCCCAUGAGCGCGGCCGGCAUGGUCGACUGCUUCGUCGCGGUCGGCCGGUUCUGGUACCUGCCGAACUGGGCGUUCAAGAUCGUCGAGUCGUUGGACGCAUGGUGGAAUGCGGACGAGGAGGUGUCGCAGAGCCUGGCGCGGGUGGACGAGUUUGUCGCCGGCGUGGUCCGCGACGCGGAAAUCGCCAUCGAAGAAGCUUCCUCGCAGUCUGCCGAGAAGACAACGACCACCUCGAGCCAUCACCACCACCCGUUGACGUCCUACCCGGCGCGUCUGCUGCAGGCCGGAUUCACGCCGUCGGAGACGCGGGCGCAGUGCAAGGACCUCAUCUUCGCGGGCACGGACAGCACGGGGAUGAACCUGGCGACGAUCCUGUUCCUGCUCGCGCGCCACGGCGAGUGCUACGCGAAGCUGCGGGCCGAGGUGCUGGCGCGCAGCAAGAGGCCGGGCUUCGACGAGCUGCAGACGCUGCCCUACCUGCGCGGCGUGGUCAAGGAAGGUCUGCGCCUCUCGAUGGCCAACCCGUCGCGGCUGCCCCGCGUCGUGCCCCCGGGCGGCUGGACGUUCAAGGACAGCUUCUUCUUCCCCGCGGGCACCGAGGCCAGCUGCACGCCGUACUCGCUGCACCUGAACCCGCACGUCUUCCCGGACCCGCGCGCCUUCCGCCCCGAGCGCUGGCUCGACCCCUCGGACGAGAUGCUCCGCGACGCCAUCCCCUUCGGCCUGGGCAGUCGCCAGUGCAUCGCCCGCAACCUGGCCACCGUCGAGCUGUACGCCGCCGUCGCCCGCGUCGCCGAGGCCGACGUCCUGCGCGGCGCCAAGACACUGACCCCCAACAUCGAGAUCCUCGAGUGGUUCAAUAGCAAAGUUGUCGGGGAGAGGAUCGACCUCGCCUGGGCAUGAGAGGUUCGGGCCUGUGAGGCUGGGACCACACAACAGGAAAAAGGAAAGGGAAAACAACCGAAAAGGAGUACUGCUUGUCCUUUGGACUGACGUGGUGUAUGCUAUGCAGAACCACGGUACAGUAACUACAGAGCAGACAGAGCCUCAAUCUUGCAAACGAGAAGAGGUUGCAUUUAUACAGACGAAUUGAGCCAUGAGCAAUCGAAGAGCUUCGUAUAGUAAUUAUACACAACUCGAUCAAAAGACG